AUGGACCGGUCAAACAGAGAAAAGCGAAACGCCGGACAGUCACCGGCCAAAAUGAUAAUUGGCCGAGAGAUCAAGGCCCUUGGAGAUUGGCAGCUCGAGCUGGCCGAAGGAUGCCCGUACUCAUUAAAAAAUGAUCCGGAGUUGUCCGGAUCAGUGCGGAACCCUCCGGUAGAAAUCAAAGAUUCUCAGGUGGAACCGGAUGAUGCUAAUGUGGUAGAGGGGGGUUAUCCGGUUGUUUCCGGCCACAAAGCCCCCAGUACCCCAUUUAGAAGAAUCAAUCUGUCAGUAGGGGAUUGGGUAUACUACAAAGCGCAUUCGCAGUCAAGUGACUUGUGA